AUGUUAUCGAAACCGGACGAAAAUCGGCGGUUAACCACGGUUAUUUCAGCUGAAAUCAUAGCAACACAACAAAAAAACCGACGGUUAACCUCACAAUUAACUGGAAAAACGGUCGGUACCGGCCGUCGGAACCGUGCAUUUUUCUGGAUAAUUGUGGGUAAAGCUGUGUACAAACGUGUGACACUAGUUAACGAUGUAACCACAGCCGUAAAAAUGGUAAUAUUUAUUGUUUCUCUAUUGUACGAUAGUCAUACAAGUCUCGUGGUCGAUUCUAUUAAAUAUGUUCUCUUAUUAAUAAGUUUUAUUAAAAUUCAUUUUUCGUGUGAUAUCUACUUAUUUAAUAAAUGUCCAUUUCCUCCCUAUCAUGUGACAGUCGACGUUGAAUUUUUUUGUCAUGAAGCUAAAAAACAUGUAGACUGUGUUAAUCGACGAUUGAGAGAUUGUAAAAUUGUUCAAGAAUAUGGACCAGCAUUAGAUACUCUGAAAGCCACUUUAAAAGUUGAUUUAACUCGUGCUAGUGCUCACGGAUGUCACGGUCUUUAUGAUCAAAUUCAAAUUCCUCGAAUGCAACGUCGUCGACGAACAACAACUCGUAAAAUUCGUCGUUUAACAGUAGGCAGUAUUCCAUAUCGGAAAAGUAUUGAAUAUCGAUGUAAACAUGACACGAUCGACGAAGGUUGUGGUCAAUGGAAUUCGACAAUGGAUCAGGUUGUAAAUUGGUAUCAUUGUCAACACGCUGUUCGAUUUGAUAAAUGUAUUGAACCCUUAAAAAUUAUUUGCCAAAAUACCAUCGCUAAUUUAACAGCGCGUGUACAAUUAAUUUUAAAACGAUGUCAAAAGGCAGCGGCAGCAGCAAAGAGAAAUCGAAGUUUAACAAUUUUCAAUUACAAUAAAAAUAAUAUCAUCAUUUCUACUUUGUUUGUGUCACUAUUUGUUCUUAUAAAAUAG